AGAGUCCUCAGCACGGACAUCAGAUGCUCAAGGCAAUCGUUCGCCCCCGGUGGUCUCGCUUUGAGAGCAUUCCUCAUCCCGUUUCAACUCUUCCCCCUCCGACUUCUAAACGUCACCCUUUCUACACCUAUGUCCGACGCCGACUGAUUCGGCUGCUCACUGCCAUCGUUUUCACCUGUGUUCUUGGAGUGUUUCUCCUACGCUCCUACAUCUGGCAAGAGUCGGCCCCUCUCGUAUUGCUCCCACCAGAUCGAGACGAGACUCUUCCGCCAAACUAUCACGACUGGUAUGAAAAAGAGAAAUCGUUGCCGCAGCACGACAUCUCCUUGCCAUAUCCGCAGGGGAGUGAGGGGCAUUAUCUAUGGAUUGCCAACCAUGCCACAGGCGUCGGCUGGGGAAAUGUCAUGCAGGAGGCCCUGCUGAACGCGCAUCUAGCUUAUCUUUCACGAAGGAUAUAUGUUUUCGACAGCUACACUUGGAACGCUGAUACGGAGUACUCGGAUUAUAACGGCCAUUUAAUUCCCUCUCGCAUCCCACUCACGGCGCUUGUCUCCGGGCCUAUGGCAGGUGCGGCCUUCGUGGAACCCGAGACCCACCCCCCUGCAGUGAUUCCCGAAUUUUUCCACGAGGUCUGCCGCACAAAGACGGUCAUUGACCCAUCAGAUAUGAGGAUCAAACUCUUUGAUGCAUCGGCCAUGACAACGAUCAGCGCAUGGAUCGAUAAACUUGCACGAGUGGAGGACCGGUGUGUUGAGAUCAUGCCCAAGACAAACUCUAUCUUUGAAUUUUGGAUCUUUGGCAGCUCAGCGCGGAUGCUCGACAUCUGGCCCUCUUUUUCCAAGUCUCCCAUUUUAACCCAGUUUGCAUGGUCGCCGCUAGUAAUAUCCGCUGUUGAAUCGAAUCGUGCGGUCGUACACCCAUCCAUCAUUGACACGGGUAAUAGUACGCAGGAUCUUCGUGUGCCUCUUCCUGGGCUCCUAGCGCUUCAUAUACGAAGAGGGGACUUUGACGAGCACUGCAAACACUUCGCGCGGUGGUCAUCGCGAUACAACGCGUUCAACGAGAUACCAUCGUUGCCUGACAAAUUCGAACCCCCGGAAGGCGGCGGCGCAGGAGAAAACACUCCGGAGAACUUCGAGAUCUACGCCAAACAUUGCUUUCCCACUAUCGAACAAAUUGUGGGGCGUGUUGCAGAUGUGCUGAAGACGCCAGAGGGACAGAAUAUAAGCAGGGUGUAUGUGCUGACGAACGGUAAAAGGGACUGGCUGGACGAGCUCAAAUCCAAGUUGGGGGAGCUGAAGCAAUGGGAGAGCGUGCACACAAGCCGAGAUUUACAUUUGAGCUGGGAACAGAAGUUCGUAGCUCAGGCGGUCGACAUGCUGAUCGCACAACGGGCAGAAGUAUACAUAGGAAACGGGUUUUCGAGUUUGACGUCGAACGUCAAUGUUUUGCGCCUAUCUCACGGAUUCAAGUCUGAGACAAUUCGGUUCUGGUAACGCUGCUAGGCUUAGCUGGGUGAUGCAAAAUAUACUAUAGCGCUGUCGACCGGGCAGGUAUAGAAGGGUACAGGCAUCAUAUAAAUUAUUCGCUGUAAUGUGACCGAUUCUAAAGAUCUGCUGCU